AUGGGCAACUCCAUCUCUUACACCACUUCCGACUGUCAAGUCGACCUUCUCAAUAAUGCCGGAACUCUCAAAGGGCUUCAGUUUGACUCCAAAUCUCGUAGAUUUUCUGGAGUUCCCUAUGCUCAACCUCCUAUGGGCAACUUGAGAUGGCGCAAACCUCAACCAUUCCCCAAGCACCACCAGUACUCGGCAUCAGACGGUACACCAUACGAUGCUACUGUCUUUGGCCCAGUGUGUCCUCAAGCCAACUACUCCAAGACAGUCAGCGAGCACGUUACCAAUCACAUCUACGAUGAAGAUUGCCUCCGACUCAACAUCUGGACGCCUGUGCCAAAUCCCAGCACCAAGGACCAAAAAUGGCCUGUCAUAGUCUGGUUCCACGGUGGAUGGUUCCAGGUUGGAGAUCCCAGCCAAGAGCAGAGCAUGGAUCCCACAGAACUCAUCUCUACCGGCAAACUCAAUGCCGUAUUUGUGGCAGUUGGAUACCGACUGAACGUCUUUGGCUUCCUCGCCGGUCGCGCCCUGCUGGAGGAAUCUAGCGGACAAGCCGUGGGCAAUUAUGGACUCUGGGACCAACGUCUCGCCAUGGACUGGGUGUAUGAAAAUAUCGCAGCUUUUGGCGGCGACCCAGAGAACAUUGUCUUGGCUGGAAGAAGUGCCGGAGCUUAUUCCGUCCUUGCCCAGGCCCUGUACGAUUUCCGAGGCAAAGAGUCAUGCAACCGUUUCCGACGAUUGGUCAUGUACUCGAAUGCUAUUCCUACCCAGCCCAAGACGCCAGAAGAUUGCGAACAACAGUUUGAUGAACUGUGUGAGUACUUUGGCGUGUCAAUGGAGCUUGAUGGAGUUGAGAGGCUCCGCAAGCUACGAGACAUUAGCUCUGAGGAUCUCUGUGCAGCCAUCAUGGAGUUGAAGAACCACACUUUCCGCCCCGUCACAGAUAAUGUCUUCAUCCAUCCUGGAAUUUUUGAGUACUAUCGAGACGGGUCUUUUGCUUCCGAGUUCAAGAAACGCGGUCUCAAGAUCCUCAUCGGCGAGGUUCUAGAUGAAGACACUCUGUACGCCGUUACCAACCCACCAGACCCGAACCCUGCAUCUCUCCGACUGCAGAUUUCCAACUACUAUUCACCCGAGACAACCGACCGACUUCUGAAGCACUAUGCUUUACCUCAGACGAAAAACAAGCGAGACUGGCAGCAGAUGUUUGGGCGCAUCGUCGCUGAUGGCCAAGUCAGAGCCCCUUCUCGGGAUCUCGUCAACAAUCUCGUACAGAACGGAGUCGACAUUCAGAAUGUCUGGCGCUACCUCAUCGCGUACCGUCUCUCAUUUAUCACCAAUGAGGUCGCUCCAGCUUCAUUCGGUGUAAGCCAUGCUAUGGAUCGACCGAUAUGGAACUAUUCUAUCACACACGGCCCGACGACCGCAGAGCGUGAUUUGAUGAACGAUUGGAUUCGAGACUUGUGCGCUUUUGUCGGAGAUAAAGUAGGUUACCAAUAUGGAACGACAAAGCCAGAUGAGUACAAAGUCAUGACUCCAGAGGGCACCAUCAGGAUACAGAAAGACCCGCGAUGGGGUGAGCUCUUGGAGUUGGCGGGUACUUUUUCUGGCAACAAGUAG